GUAAUUAAUUAAUUGGAACAUCAAAGAACACCCUACAAAAAAAAAAAAAAAAAUCAAAUGCGAUGCGAAAGUGUGAGCCGAAGUUUUUUUGCCUGCCUGCGCCCCCUUCCUCCCAUCCAACUAAUAUAAUUAAAAAUGGACCGCCUGUGUGUGUGAGAGUGCGUGUGUUAGUGUGUGUGUCUGUGUUUGCGAUGCUCGUUUGUUUGAUUGUAAUCAUCGCCUUGAUUAUUGCUUGCUCUUUUUUACGUUUUUUUUUAUUUUGUCUUCACCUCUGCUCGCCAUUUUCUUUCUCCCACCAAAAAGUGGGGAAAAAAUUAGUGUUUCCCUUCGAUUAAUUUCUUCAUUUUUUUCGCGUAUCGCGCUUUGAAUAAAUUUUGUGUAUGUAUUGGUGUGCCGAUGCAGUGUUGCCAACAUUAUUCGCUUGUUCGGGAGAUGCAGCGCCGCACAUUUUGCACCUGUGCAGGAGAUUGCCUCCUGAAAUCCUCCUACUCCUACUCCUCCUCUGCACCUCCCCCCACUAUUGUCCAUCUGCAAUAAUACAGUUUCUCUGUCGCUGCCGCUGUCGCAGUCGCAAUCGUUUCUCUGCUUCCCAUUUCUCGCUCUAUUCAGAUUUUGUUAUUGUUGCUACUUGGUAGGCGGUGGAGAGAAAUCAAAGACCAAGAGAGAUAUUCACAAAAAAAAAAAAAAAAAAAAAAAAUCAAAUGGCAAUUGCAAUAAAGUGUUAAAUAGGUUGCAUUGUGAUUCAUUUUUUAAAAGGUUUUAUUUUUAAUGCCUUUGUAAGUACGUGUUUAGAACUAAUGGGGAAAAAAGGGAUAUUUCAUCUUAAAAAAUAUUUUAAAAAUCUAAAUCCGAAAUUGUUCUGGUAUAAAUAUAAAAAAAUAAUAUUAAGAACUGCAGUUAAUUAAUUAUUAAUUAUUAUUAAAAUACAGUUUCUCUAUUUUUUUUUAUUUUAUUUAAAAAAAAAAACAAUUCAAACAGAAUCAAACAUGUUCUGUCAAUAUCGAACCCCCCCCAUCCAAUAGUGAUGAGUUGGAGGUGACCAGGUCUGUCACCGUUUACACAUGUAGAUACUAUCAGUGGCGCACCGAUCUCAUUUCCAGAAUCAAGGGGGGUAUUGUUUCUUUUUUUGUAAGUCAAGGAUGCUAUGGGAGGGGUGGGGUGGGGUGGAGUUUGACUUAGGCCACAAAACGGCUUUUCCCCUGCGUACGCCACUGGAUACAUUGCAUAUGCAACGGUAUCCCCAUUUCUUGCUCUUCUUUGAUUGCUUUUUGCUCUGCUUUCUGCUGCUGAGGCCUCUGUCAACUCAUCAGUCGUCUGCCUCCCUCGUCCCCACGCCACCCGAUAGCUGCUUGGACACACGUUUUUCUAGCCGGGCCACUAUACCUCUCCCGCUCUCUCUCUCUCUCUCUUUGCCGCUAAGGGAGAGAGCGUAAAAUUCAUGCGCUUGUCCCUCUGCUCUCGACGCGUCGCGUCGUCUGUGUUGUGUGUGUCUCUUCCUCUUCUACUCGGCGGCUGUAACAAUUUUUUUUUCUCCAUUUCAUCUUAUUCUUUUUUUUUUCCACUUCUGCAAUUACGAUGAAGAAGAAGAAGUAAAGGCAGUGGCAACUUCCAGCAAUAUCUAUCGAUUUCUUUGUUUCUUUUCGGCUGCAAAACUCAACGUGCGAGUAUAUAUCAUGUUUAAUUGUAAUUAUCGUGCGUCAACUGUGAGCGAAUGUGUUUCACUGCGAUUAUGUCAAAGAUCCAUGAAGGCCAUGACGGGACACAAAUGACCUUACCAUAUGAAAGCAACAAGAAGACGUUAAAUUGCACACCAGUUGUAAUUAAGUUUAGUAGUUAGAACCCAUAAUUAACUAAAAAUAUAAUAUAUAAUAUAACCAUAAUUGAUUGGGCAAAAAAAAAAAGAGAGAGACUAAAGCCAAGAGAUCGAUUCCACGACACUUUCCAGAGUCGUUUUGUAAGCAACAACCCCCUUGUCCGCAUCCGGUAUCCGGUUUCCGGCUCAUAUAUCCGGGGCUCUGGUCUACCUUUUUGACAUUUUCUGACAACGGCCACGCGCAGAGAGCAGCAUCAAAAUUAAGCCAAUAGACGUGGAAAUCUAAAACGCAGCGGCGUGUCGCGUCCUUCGACACGGACGUAACGGACAUUUCUGUGUGCGCUGCGUUUCAAAAAUCUGAUGGAUGGAAAUGCACAAAAUAUGUUUCACGGAAAUCACCAAGGAGAUCCCUAUUACCGUUACGAUGCAGCGGCAGCCGCAGCAGCAGCAGCGGCGGCUAAUCCACGGGCCAUGGGUCCGCCCGGUGGCUACCCGCCCCGUCACCGCGCCCCCCACCCGCUACAGCAACAGCCCCAAUACCCAUCGUACCAGCCAACGGCGGAGAAUCUGUACGGGCUGGGGGCCGCCGAUCAUCAGGCAGCCAUGGGACUCGGUGUUGGAGUCGGUGUCGGUGUCGGCGUCGGUGUUGGCGGAAUGGGUGAUCUAAGCGGUUGGGGUGCAGCACCAACCGGUGUACCUGGACAGGCGGCGGCGUAUCCGGGCGCUGGUCUAGGGGCCUAUGGUCAUCCGCAGGCAGCUCCACCGGCGCAGCAGCAGCGCCAGAGCAACGCCAGCGCCUAUCGGCAACACAUGCCCGCCUACGGACAACAGGAACAGCAGAAGCUAGCCCCCUAUGGUGCCCAGCAGCAGGGCAUGAUGGCGGGCUACGGAUCACAGCAGCCACCGACGCCACAGCAACAGCAGCAGGUGCAGGCGCAGCAGCAAGCACAGCAAGUGCAGCAGCAGCAGGCGCAGCAAGUGCAACAGCAGCAGCAGAGUCAGCAGCAGGCUCGACUGCCGCAGCAUUAUCCUCAGGCGCCGGGACAGCAUCCACUGUAUCCCGGUGUGGGAGCACCUGCAGUCCAAGCCGGACAACCGCCCACGCCCCAGGGCUAUGCUCACAGUCCCUACGGCAGCCCCAUGCAGCAUCAGCCGGGAAGAGGAGCUCCGCAGCAUGUGGGUUAUGGGCAUUCGGGCCUGGAUCCAAAUCAGGCAUCUGCCUACGGGCAACAUGUUCCAGGGGCAGCUCCGCCCGGCCACCAUCAGCAGCAGCUGGGUGCCCAUCAGCAGCAGCAACUGCAGUCGCAGCAGCAGGCGCAGCAGGUGCAGCAGCAGGCACAACAGCAGCAACAGCAGCCACACGUGUCGCUGAUGCAACAGCAGUUGCCGGGUGCCGGUCUGCCCCCACCGCACAUGGGCAUGCCCCCCAGCUACGGCAGCCACCACCAGCAGCAGCAGCAGCAAGUCCAGCAGCAGCAGCAGCAGGCGCAGCAACAGCAAGUCCAGCAGCAACAGGCACAACAGCAACAGCAGCAGGCUGCUCCGCCCUACAUGUCCAAGCAGGCGGCUGCCCAGUUGAACUCCUCGCCCCAGUACCGUGCCCCCUUCCCCCAGCUUUCGCCACAAAUGUCGCCCCGCCCGCCGACCAUGUCGCCGCAUCCCCAGAUGUCACCGCGACCGGUGGGCGUGUCGCCCGCGAAGCCACCAGCUCCCCAACAAGCGCAGGCCCAGCAACAGGUGGUGCAACAGCCGCAACAGCCCAGCCAGCACAGUAUCCAGGGCAUGGUGGGAUUGCCGUCGCCACGCCCCCAGCCACCGUCCAGCGGUGCUGUGGGAGGGGCAGUGGGUUCUGGGUCGAAGGUUCCACCGCCAGUGGCGGCUCCCGUCAAUACAUUGCAGGCCCUCGAACAAAUGGUGAUGCCCACACAGGCUCACGGUCUACCGCCCAUGGACUACCCCUCGGCGUACAGGAGCGCUGUGGGUCCUAGGAUGCCUGCCUCGCCGCAGCAACAGCAGCAGCAGCAACACCACCAGCAGUGGGGCAGCCAGCACAUGGCCGCCAUGCAGCAGCAGCAGCAGGCGGCGGCGGCCCAACAGCAGCAGCAGCAAGCCCAGCAGCAGGCGGCGGCCCAACAACAACAGCAGCAACAGCAAGCAGCGCCGCAACAGCAGCAGGCAGCCAUGCUGCAGGCACAGCAGCAACAUCACCAGCAACAGAUGAGCAUGUACGGCCAGGCGAUGGGGCAGCAACAGCAACAGCAACCCCAAGCCCCGCAACAGGUUGUGCCACCAGUGGCGGCUCAACAGCAACCUCCGCAACAACAGCAGCAACAGCAACAACAGCAGCAGCAGCAACAACACCAACAGCAGCAACAGCAAUCGCUUAACGAUCAGCUGCAACACUCCAUCAACGACAUUGUCGGGGGAGGCAACAGCUCCGGAUCAACCACCAGCAGCCAGAGCAGUCAGCAGCAGCAGCAGCAACUGCAGCAGAGCCUGCCGAGCAUGCAUCACUUGAUCCAGCCCACUCUGGAGGCUACCCAGCAGACGCAAGCUGCACAGCAACAGCAACAGCAGCAGCAACCGCAGGCGGCGUUGACAUCGCCGCACCACCAGCAACUGCAGCACCAGUCGCCGAUACAUCAGCAGCAGUCGCCCCACCACCAGCAACAACACACCUUGCCCAGCUACAACCAAUCCCAACAGCAGUUCGAUCCAUUUGCGAACAUUCUGGGAGACAAUCAGCCACCGGCAGCGCAACAUGUCAGUUCGCCGGCUCAUGUUAGCUCCCCGAUACCCGCUCAAAUGCAACAGCAACAGAGCCAGCAGCAACAGCAGCAGCAGCAACAAGUGCCGCCGGCUCAGCAACAACAGCAGGCCCAGGUGCCGCAACAGCAGCAGCAGCAGCCGCCACAGCCCACAACACCGUCUCAUCAUCUGAGCAGUAUCCUGAACGAAACGGCCAACUCCAAUGAUUCCUCAACGCUGGCGGUGGCUGCCAACGACAGCAACAACAGCAGCAGCAACAGCAGCACCAACAGCAUCGUCAACAACCAGCCCACUUCGGUGCACGACAGCAACUCCCAGAGCAGCAUCAACAGCAGCAGCAACAACCAGCAACAGCUGCUGAUGGACAACACCAACUCGCACGGUGGGAACUCUGAGAGUGCGCAGCAUGUCGGCGUGGAUGUUGGACUCUUCGACAACAACUCCAUGUCCUCCAACUCGGCAGCUGUGGCGGCGGUCGCUUCCAAUGCCUCUGCUGCUGCAGCCGCUCUGCUGGACAGCAACUCGCAGUCCUCGAAUGCCGAGUUCGAGAAGAAUCAGAGUGAAAGCGAUGGUCUGGGACUGGGGGGAGUCGUGGCCAGCGAGCCAGAGCUGCCGCAGGAUGAGUCGAGUAUCUCCAAGACCCAGGAGACCAGUCUGAGCACGGAACUGCCGGCUGUCCAGGAGGAACAGCUGGAGAAGCCCAGCGACGAUGUGGAGCAGACGCAGAUCAGUCAGCCGCUGGGCGACAUGAAUACCUCCCUUUCCGAAGACGCGAAGAGCGCCGACGAGGUGGGCGAGGAUAAGUCAGGAGCAGUGCCUCCGAUGGAGCCUCCACCGCCACAGCAGCAACAGAUGCCCCCUCACUAUCCCAUGGCUCCGGGCUAUGAUGGUCAGAACCAGGGCCAUAUGCCACCCAUGAUGCCUCCCUAUGGCGGAGCACCGGGCAUGUAUCCACCUUAUCCUAUGCUCCACCAGCAGGAGAUUGCUGCCCUCCAGCAGCAGAUCCAGGAGAUAUACUGCAUGCCGCCGGGACACGAGCACCAGCACCAGGAGAAGCUUAUGCGGCUGCAGGAGCGACUAAAUCUCCUCCAGCAGCACGAGGUCAACGACCAGUGCGCCGGCGGUGGACCGCAGUGUGUGCUGUUCCAGUCGAUGCCGCCCAUGUACGGCAGCAAUCCGCUCCACAACCAGCAGAUGGUGGAGAGUCCCCAGGUCUCGAGCACCACUGGACGGGGACGGGGCAAGGGAGCCAACAAGCCGAGGAAGCCGCGUGCCAAGAAGGGUGAGAAAGUGGCGGCGGUCGGCCAGGACUUGAUGGACAUCAGUAGCAACGUGGUGGUGGGACAAGCCAACGCUACUCAGAGCAUUCCCACCACCCAGCUGCCAGUAUCAGAGGACUGUGUGACCCAAGGAGCCGGCGAUACCAGCGUGGUGGGCAUGCUGGAGUACAGCGAAGGAAUGGGCGAUCUCUCGCAGGACGUCCAUUCCGCCAACGAGCUCGACACCUCCACCGAUGGCAGCGGCAAAAAGAAGAAGCCCCGCAAGCCACGGAUACCCAAGGAUCCGAAUAAGCCGCCGCGCGACAGGACGCCCAAGUCCAAAAAGCCCAAGGACCCUAAUGAUCCCAACUCCACAGACUCGCCAGCUCCAACCUCCAAGAAGCGAGCCAGUACCAGCAAGAAGAGCAAGAAACAGUACGGAGACGAUGGCGCCGAGCAAACUGGCGAGGGCAGCGAAGUGGAGGACAACAAGCCACUGGUGCCCAAGGCAGAGUCCGCCGAUGGAGAGGCCGAGACCACUUCCGCGGUGGUUGGCGUGGACGGAGAGUCGCCGGACUAUGACGACAUACCGGUCUCGAAGAUUCCACGAAGUGCCAAUGAGGAGGAGAAGGAGCCCGAGGCGGGCGAUGAAACGGUGGACUCUGUGCCAGACUCUGCCGGAGAUGCAGCUUCGACGCCGAGUCGCAGGGACCGAAAGAGGUCCACCGCCAGGAGUCGUCGCAAUGCCAACUCGGAGGAGGGUGGCAGUGCGCGCCGGAAUCGCGGAUCGCUUUCCGCGAAGGCGCUGAAGAAGCGCAGGAAUCGCGGCCGCAUCGUCCCCGAAUCCGAUGGCGAGGACGACACUUUGGACAGAACACCUCCGCCAUCGCCGCCACCAGACUCCGAGCUGGAUUCGAACAAGAGGCGGUCGUCCAGGAACACGCAGCGCAAGAAGUACAUCGACGACGUGAUGCUACGGUUCUCGGACGACGAGAACUCUCUGUUGGUGGCCUCUCCGGUCAAGAAGGAGAAGAAGUCUUCGGCCAAUACUGCCAACUCUAAUGCUGGCAGUGAUGCGGAGAAAACCGAGCCACAAUCUGGAGCCGAGGGAGAAGCUGGUGGCCAGGAGGCUGGCGAAGAUAAGUCCAAUAUUGCCAUGGACGAGAGUAGCCAGUUGGAGGCCAGUUCCAGCACAUCGGCAGCUGCUGCAGCGGCGGCUGAGAAGGAGCGCCAGAGCUCCACCGAUGCCGCCAACGCAGCCAUGUCCUCCAAGCCCAACUACGUGUACAUCAACACUGGCGACGAGGACAGCAUGGUGGUGCAGUACGUCCUCGCCGUGCGGAUGGGAAAACGCGAACUGAUCCCGGAGAAACCAAAGGAAAAGACUCCAGAGCCCAAGGAGGAAAAGGAGGAGGAGAAACCAGAGGAGCCGGAAAAGUCUGACGAUGGCGAGGAGAAGCCGAAGGCCGAAGGCGAAGACGGAGAAGCCCCGGAAGGGGAAUCCAAGCCCGAGGAGAGCAAAUUGGAAACAGAAUCCUCCGGAAUGGAGGUCGACAAAGAGGAAACGCCAGCGGAGAACGAGAAGUCGGAAGAGGACGACACCUCCUCGCCAAAGAAGGAGGAGGAGAUGGAGGUGGAUGAGCCGGCUGAGAAGGAAGCCAAGCCGGAGGAGCAAGCUGAAGACGACAAGACUGAAGCGAAAUCAGAGACCAAUGAAGAGGAGAAAUCUUCCGACGUAGAAACUGCUGAGGAGGCCAAGGAAACGGAGUCUCCUGAGGAGAAAAUGGAGGUGGACGAAACCCCGGGCUCUCCCAAACCAAAAGAGGAAUCUAACAGCGAAGAAAAGUCUUCCGAAGAAACCGAAGAGGAGAAGAAAGAUGAAGAAUCCGCCGAAAAGGAAGAGGAGAAGGAAGAAUCCAAAGAGGGCGACGAAACAGAGAAGAAGGAGGAGGCCGAGAAGGAGAACAAACCCGAGCCCGUCUACAUCGAUGUGGAGGAGUACUUCGUCAAGUAUCGCAACUUCAGCUACCUCCACUGCGAGUGGCGGACGGAGGAGGAGCUCCUCAAGGGCGACCGUCGGGUGGCUGCCAAGAUACGUCGCUUCCAGCAGAAGCAGUCCCAGCAGCUGAACAUCUUUGAGAACAUCGAGGAGGAGCCCUUCAAUCCCGACUUCACUGAGGUAGACCGUGUCCUGGACAUGUCGGUGCACACGGACGAGAACAGUGGCGAGACCACCAAGCAUUACCUGGUCAAGUGGAAGUCCCUGCCCUACGAGGACUGCACCUGGGAGUUGGAGGAGGACGUCGACAACGACAAGAUCGAGCAGUAUCUCCGCUUCAACAAGAUUCCCAUGCGCUGCGAGUGGAAGAGCAAGAAGCGUCCGCAUCCCGAGCAAUGGAAGAAGCUGGAGAAGACUCCAGUCUACAAGGCUGGCAACAGUCUGCGACCCUACCAGCUGGAGGGUCUCAACUGGCUGAAGUUCUCCUGGUACAACACGCACAACUGCAUCCUGGCCGAUGAAAUGGGUCUCGGCAAGACCAUCCAGAGUCUGACGUUCGUCCACUCGGUGUAUGAGUACGGAAUCCGAGGACCCUUCCUGGUAAUAGCUCCCCUGUCCACCAUUCCCAACUGGCAGCGCGAGUUCGAGGGCUGGACCGACAUGAACGUGGUGGUGUACCACGGCUCGGUGACCAGCAAACAGAUGAUCCAGGACUACGAGUUCUACUACAAGACAGAGACCGGCAAGGUCCUCAAGGAGCCCAUCAAGUUCAAUGUCCUGAUCACCACUUUCGAAAUGAUUGUGACGGACUACAUGGACCUGAAGGCCUUUAACUGGCGCCUCUGUGUGAUUGACGAGGCGCAUCGCCUCAAGAACCGGAACUGCAAACUGCUCGAGGGCCUCAGGCAGUUGAAUUUGGAGCACCGAGUCCUUCUGUCGGGCACUCCCCUGCAGAACAACAUCAGCGAGCUGUUCUCGCUGCUGAAUUUCCUGGAGCCCUCGCAGUUCUCCUCCCAGGAGGAGUUCAUGUCCGAGUUUGGAAGUCUCCGCACCGAGGAGGAGGUCAACAAGCUCCAGGCACUCCUCAAGCCAAUGAUGCUGCGUCGUCUGAAGGACGAUGUGGAGAAGAGUCUGGCGCCCAAGGAGGAGACCAUCAUCGAAGUGGAGCUGACGAACAUUCAGAAGAAGUACUACCGUGGUAUCCUGGAGCAGAACUUCAGUUUCCUAAAGAAGGGAACCACCUCCGCCAAUAUCCCCAACCUGAUGAACACCAUGAUGGAGCUGAGGAAGUGCUGCAUCCAUCCCUAUCUCCUCAACGGAGCCGAGGAGCAGAUCCAGUACGACUUCAAGGCGCAGCACGGCGAGGAUCCGGAGUCCUACUACAAGAACCUGAUUCUCUCGGCGGGAAAAAUGGUUCUGAUUGACAAGUUGCUGCCCAAGCUGAAGGCGAACGGACACCGGGUGCUGAUCUUCAGUCAGAUGGUCAGGUGCCUGGACAUCCUGGAGGACUAUCUGGUGUACAGGAAGUAUCCCUUCGAGCGGAUCGAUGGUCGCAUUCGCGGCAACUUGCGACAGGAGGCCAUUGAUCGCUACUCCAAGCCCGGAUCAGACCGAUUUGUGUUCCUGCUCUGCACGAAGGCAGGAGGAUUGGGCAUCAACCUGACGGCCGCCGACACGGUCAUCAUCUACGACUCCGACUGGAAUCCCCAGAACGAUCUGCAGGCCCAGGCCAGAUGCCAUCGUAUUGGUCAGCGGAAAAUGGUCAAGAUCUACCGACUGCUCUGCAGGAACACCUACGAACGCGAGAUGUUCGACAAGGCAUCCAUGAAGCUCGGACUCGACAAGGCCGUCCUCCAGUCCAUGAACACGCAGGGCUCCAAGGACGGCAACAACAAGCAGCUGUCCAAGAAGGAGAUCGAGGAUCUGCUCAAGAAGGGCGCCUACGGAGCCGUCAUGGAUGACGACAACGCCGGCGACAAGUUCUGCGAGGAGGACAUCGAUUCCAUCCUCAAGCGGCGCACUCAGGUCAUCACCAUGGAGUCGGAGAAGGGCUCCACCUUCUCGAAGGCCUCAUUCGCCGCCUCCGGCAACCGUUCGGACAUCACCAUUGACGAUCCCGAUUUCUGGACCAAGUGGGCCAAGAAGGUGGACAUCGAUCCGGAUGCUUGCGAGCGGGAUGAGACCGAGGACCUGGUCCUAUCCGAGCCCAGAAGGCGCACCCAGAUCAAGCGCUACGGCCACGAGGACGUCAUGGAGAUCAACUCGGAGGACUCGUCGAAUGAAAACAGCGACGAAGAGGGAGGAAUUGGUCUCCGUUCCCGUCGCCGCAAGGAGAAGCGAGAUCGGAAUCGCGAAAAGAAGGGCCAUGAUGAGUACAUUCCACGAGAACGCGACGCCCUGGCCGCUCUGGGACUGGAGGAGAUCCAGUAUGGCAACUGGGCCAAGUCCGAGUGCUUCAAGGUGGAGAAGGGACUGCUGUCCUUCGGAUGGGGACGUUGGUCGGAGCUCCUGGAGCUGGGACAGUUUAAGCGUGGCUGGCGGGACAUCGACAUCGAGGACUGUGCCCGCAUUAUCCUACUGUACUGCCUGCAAGUGUACAAGGGCGACGAGAAGAUCAAGACGUUCAUCUGGGACCUGAUCACGCCAACCGAGGAUGGGGAGGUGCAGAAGAUCAGCAGGGAUCAUAGUGGCCUCCACAACUUGGUGCCACGAGGUAGGAACUCCAAAGGACGUAAUGGUGGCAAGUCAAACAAGGAUUCGACUGGCCCGGGAACAGCUUCCGGCAGCAAUAGUGGCAACACCACACCCGCCCACAAGUCCAGCGCCUUGGAUGGCUCCGACAAGGAUGGGGGAAUCAGUGCCAGUGCCGUGGCAGCGGCCGUCAGCAACCCGACGAGCAUCCACGAUCCCAAUCACUGGAGCAAGAAGGAGAAGUACGACGCGGACGCGUACCUGGAGGGCGCCUACAAGAAGCACUUGGGCAGACACGCGAAUAAAGUUCUGCUGCGGGUGAGGAUGCUUUAUUAUAUCCAGCACGAGGUCAUUGGGGAUCUGGUCCAGCAGAUCAAGGACAACACGCCCAUCAGCGAGCUCCCCAUUCGCCCGCCGCCAACGCCAGAUCAAGUGCCAUCCUCAUGGUGGAAUCCCAUUUGUUGUGAUAAGAGUCUGUUGGUCGGAACCUACAAGCACGGCUGCGAAAUGUAUCGUCAGAUGCGCGCCGAUCCCAAUCUGUGCUUUGUAACCCAUGUGGGCGCCGGUGCCGGUGACGAUUUGGCCGUCACGAAUUUGCCGAUAAACGAAGACGAUGCAAAUUCAAAGCACGAUGAUGGCGAUGAGGUGGACGAUGACGGCACCACCACCACCAAAGACUCGGACUCCACUAAACUGACUGGGGGCGACAACAAGGACUCGCUCCUCGACCCGGAGCGCCCCAGUUCGUCGGGUAAGAGUUCUCACAGCGAUAGUGCUACAGGGACAAGCGACAAGAGUCAAGCGAAAGCCAACGGAUCCAACAACGAGCUGGAAUCCGCAGCCGCAUCCGCAUCCGAAUCCUCAUCCAAAUCCAAAGCCAAUCCAUCGCCGGGCAAUGGCAGUGAUGUUGAUGCUACCCAGCAGGACGCAUCAUCAGAGAAGGCAACCGAAUCGGCAGAUACAUCAGAUCCAGAUACUGAUAACCAUAAAAAUGAUGCAACAGUCUCUGCCUCUGGCUCCUCCGGUGAUCCGGCCGACUCCUCUUCCAGUUCGCAAGAGGUCGGUGGCCAGGCGGAGGCGGAGGUCAAGACUGUUGCCUCCAAUGAAUCGGACAACGACGAAUCGGAACAAAAUCAAAAAUCAAAAGAAAUAGAAAAAGAAAGCAAAAAGGAUGAUCCUAAAGAGCCAACUGCUGGUGCUGCUCCUGCUGGGGAAGCUGGAAAAGAUGAUGCUGCCAUUGCUCGAGCCGAGGGCGAUAAUGCGGAAUCAUGCACUAACAAUGCCACCACAAACAUCACUACUACUACCACUACCAUUACCAAUACCACCACCACCACCACUACCAAUACCACCACUACUACCACCACCAAUAAUCCAUCAUCCAAAGCGGCUAAUUCUAAAGGCCAAAACAACUCGACCGACAAUGCUAACUCCAACUCAAAUUUAGGCUUGGACGAGGAGGAGAGCGUCGCCGGCAGCUAUCCGCCCACAGUGGCGGCCGUCGAGGAUGCCACCACCAUGUGGCCAUCGAUGCAGGACCUCAAUACGCGACUCCGCCGGGUGAUCACCGCCUACCAAAGGAACUACAAGAAGGAGGAGCUCAAACAGCAGCAGAAGGCCAAGCUCCAGGCCCUGGUAUCAUCAACGCCACCGCUCUCAGUGCCCACCACACCCACUUUGCAGUCGAUGCAGAUGCAGUUGCAGAGCGGGACAUCCGGUGCUGGGUCAUCAGGCUCCGCCGCCGGCCAACUAGAUCCCAGCGGCCGAAGUCUCCAAGCGCUGAUGCAAUCCCAGGGUGCUAGUACUUCUGCCGCCGCUGCUGCUGCUGCUGCGGCGGCAGCUGCCGGCGGAUCAGCCGGACAGAGCCAGCAGGGUGUAGGUGGAGCGGGUGGAUCUGUUUCUGUGACCGGAUCGGGAAUGCCGGCCAUGCCCUCGGCCGCCGACAUCAGCCUGAUGCUCAGCAUUCUCAACACCACCGACGUCAAUCAGCUGGCCCAGUUGGACAUCAACAAGCUGGCCAUGUACCUGGUCAGCAUGAACAAUAAAAUGGAGCGGCAGGGGAAGAUGGAGCUGGCCGCCAAGGAGCGUGAAUCGCAACGCCUGCAGCUCAUCCCCAAGAAGUGGAACCGACGCGAGGAAUACGAAUUCCUGCGAGUCCUCACCGGCUACGGCGUCGACCUUCACCUCUCCACGCCCAUGGGCGGCAACAAUGCCAGCACCCUCACUCCCGACUGGACCAAGUUCAAGCAGAUGGCCCAUCUGGAGCGGAAGAGCGACGAAACCCUAACAGACUACUACAAGGUGUUUGUCACCAUGUGCAAGCGCCAAGCGGGCCUGAAACUGGCCGAAUCCGAGCGUGGACUGGAGGGCAUUAUCGAGGAGAUCGAGAAGGAGCACGCCAAGCUGAUACUGGAUCGGUUGGAGCUCCUGUCAAAGCUUCGGGAAGUGGCCCGCAACCCCCAGCUGGAGGACCGGCUGAAGCUCUGCACCAUGAACGCCGACACACCGGACUGGUGGGAGCCGGGUCGUCACGACAAGGAACUGAUAACGGCUGUACUUAAGCACGGUCUCUACCGCUCCGAGACCUUCAUCUUCAACGAUCCCAACUUCAGUUUCGGGGAGUCGGAGAAGCGAUUCAUCCGCGAACUGGAGGCCCAGAUCCAGCGCACCAUCAAACUCGAGGCUUUUAACGCCGAGAAGGCCGAGAAACUGGCGGCAGCCGAGAAGGCAGCCGCCGCUGAGAAGGCCGCCGCAGAUAAGGCCGUCAAGAACGAGGUGAUAGACUUGGACGAUGAACUGAUGACCGACGAAAGUGUCAUCAAGAAGGAGGGCACGCCCGUCAAGGAGGAAAUCAAGGCGGAGGAGACUGCCGACAAGAAGGAAGCUGCCAGUCCAGAACCCAAUACGUCCGAGGAGGAGGAACCCGCCAAGGUUGAGUCCGAAACGGAAGUCAAGGACGAUGCUGUGAAGGCGGAAGAUUCCGAAAAGGAAACUGAACCGGAAGCCAAGGCUGGAGAGAAGGAGAAGUCCCCAGCAGAGGCUGACAAAGAUGCUUCCGAGACUGAAGAGUCCAAGGCUAGUGAAGAGAAGAUGGAGGUCGAGGAGGCGUCCAUCCCAGCCGAGAAUGGCCAGGAGAAGGCUGAAAUUACCGCUGAAUCCUCUCCUGAAAAGACCCCCGAAUCGGAGGAGAAGAAGUCCCCUGAAGACAAGGACAAGUCGGUUGAGGUUGAGGAAGAAUCUGCCAAAAUGGAAGUGGAGGAAGCGCCCAAAGCAGAUUCGGAGGAUAAAUCUCCCGAGAAAGCAGAGUCCGACGCCAAGGAGUCUGAGGAGAAGACACUUCCAAAGCCCGAGGAGGAAAAGCCAGAAGAGUCCAAGGAGGAAUCCAAGGAGAAGUCCGAGGACAGCGACAAGGAGGAGAAGAAGCCAUCUGCUGAAGCUCCUGAAACCCCCGAGAAAGCUUCGCCUGCCACUGAAACCGAAGCGGCUGCUACGGCUGCCAAGAAGCCAGCUGGCGAUCAAGAGAUCCUCGACCUUGUGGCCGGUCCCACAGAUCCCGAUGACGACGAGGUCAUGAAGGAGAAGGAGAAGGCCGUCGAGGAGGAGUGCAAGAAGCAGGCGGCCGAGCUGAAGGCCCGCUUCCCCGACCUGGAGGUCAUCCAACCGGCGGCGGUGAAGCAACAGAAGCUGGAGAAGCCCAAGCUGGAGAUGUGCAUGAUCCGUUGGUUCAAGGACUUCGCCCUGGAGCGCCGCAUUGCGCACAUUGUGGCCUGCGUGGAGUCCGGCAAGUGGCCGGUCGACAGCAAGUACAGUGCCUUCGCCAGCUGCAAGGGAGUCACCGAUCUGAGCAUCGCUCUCCACGAAUCCAUUCCGCACCUGAGCAGCCUGGAGCGCCGCUCCACCACACCCGAUGUGAUCACCAUCACCACGGACCAGGGUGUGACCAAGCACCUCCAAGCUUCGCAGAUGCAGCAGGUGGCCAGUUCGGCGGCCGCUUCCUCCGGCGCAACCGGCUUGUCCCAGUCCCUAAGCCAAUCCAAGCCCGUGAGUGCUUCCACUCUACCGCUACUGGAUGCGAACAACAUCAAUGCUGCGGUGGCGGCUGCUGUGGCGGCAGCUGCGGCAGGUGGUAAUGCCACCUCGCUGUCCAGCCUGCUGCCUGGCAUGUCGCUGAGUGCGGCCACGGGCGCCUCGGCUGGAGGAGUUGGUGGCCUUAAUGUGCCCAGUGCCGGUUCCGGAUUGGGCAAGAAGCGUAAGCGUCACAUUGCCAUCGACGUGGAGACGGAGAGGGCCAAGCUACACGCCCUCCUCAACAGCUCCACAAUGGCCCCUAAAGACUGGGAAAGCGAGAUAGCUAACAUGGAGGCCCUGACUGGUGGAUCUUCUGGCCGGGGACGUGGAAGUGGCUCCUCAUCAGCCCUAUCCGGCAUGCAACCGCCACCCGCUCACCAACACGCCUCACUCUCCCGGCAAUCCUCUGGCCAGUUCAGCAAGCCAGCUGUGCCGGCCCUGAAAACGCCACCGCCCUCAAUGGGCGCACCCAUGGACUUGUCCUCAAGCUUGCCCAAGAUGAACAUGACGGAGAUGCUCAAGUCUGCUUCCAAUGCCGUGGCCAUCGACCUGAGCGAGGUGCAGGACUUCUCCAUGCCCUCCAAGAAAUCCAGCGUGCAUGCGGCCCUCAGCUCAGCCUUCCCCUCGAUGGGUAGCAAGAGCAAACUGGACGACACCCUCAACAAGCUAAUGAAAAAGAAUAAUUGCACCAUUGAAGAGCCUGUGAUUGGCAAGGAGAAGAAGCGCAAGAAGCUGGACGAGAUUGUGCUCGGGCUGUCAGCGGCCAAGGAGCAGAAGACCUUCCCGGAUCCAUCGUUGCCGUCUUCGAAGAAGCCGCAGAUUCCGCCCAGCGUCUCGGUGACGCCGGCCAAUCUGCAAUCCUCGUCCAGCCAACAGCAAUCGAACCAGAAACCCUUCACCAUCACUGUGACCACAGUGCCCGGAAAGUCCAAGGGCGCAUCGUCAAGCGGAGGAUCCGGCGCCGGAGGAAGCUCAUCGGCCAGCGGCGGCGGAGCAGCCGGCGGCAGCGGCCUGAGUGCCCUGCAGAACAUGGCCAUGGGCGGAUUGUCGUCCAAGGACAGUCUGAAUGCCCUUCUGGCCCAGACGAUGGCCACCGAUCCCCAGACGUUCCUCAAGCAACAACAAAAGAUGAUGCAGUUCCUGCCACCGGCCCAGAGGAAAGCCUACGAGAACAUGCUGGCCGAAAUGGAACAGGCCAUGAAGCUGAGCUCCAAAUACUCGGCCAACUCUCCGCACGACGUCAAGGUCAACAAGUGGCUGUCCGACAUGACCAGUCCUUUGGGCGACCAGCUGAGCAUUGAUUACGUCGGAGGGGGAGGAGCAGGAUCCAGCAGUGCCAACAGCCGGCGCUCCAAUCGCCAGCAGAGCAGCUCCUCCCAGCAAUCCCCCAGUGCCGCUCAGCUCCAGAAACAACAACAGCAACAACAACAGCAGCAACAGCAACAACAACAGCAGUCGAUGGCUGGCCCCCAGAAUCUCACUGGAGAGGAACCCGUUCCGGUGAUCAACAAGCAGACGGGCAAGCGUCUCGGCGGCAACAAGGCUCCGCAGCUCAAGCGGCUGAUGCAAUGGCUCACGGAGAAUCCCAACUAUGAAGUGGAUCCCAAGUGGCUGGAGCAGAUGCAGAACCCAAUGUCUGCCCCUUCGCCGAAGCCCAGCUCAAUGGAUAGUUAUGGUUCGUCGGCGGUUAAGUCGCACGGUGGCCGACCGUCGUCCAACUCCAGCAACGCCUCCUCCUCUUCGCACACGCAGCAACAACAGCCGAAUCCCGCGCAGUCGCCGGCCGGCAACUCUGGCAGCUCCAAGAAGUCAUCCCGUCAGCAGUCGGCUGCGGCUGCCGCCUUGGAUCAGGCUGCUCUGCAAUUCGGCUCUCUGGCCGGCCUGAAUCCCAACCUGCUGGCCAACCUGCCCGGACUAGGAGCAUUCGAUCCAAAGAAUCCACUGGCUGCCUUUGAUCCGAAGAAUCCGCUGCUCUCCAUGCCAUUUGGUGGAAUGCCCGGAAUGGCGAAUAUACCGGGGCUUGGAAACCUGAACAACAUGAAUCUGUUCGCCAGCUUGGCGGGCAUGGGAGGAUUGGGCAAUCUGGCCGGUAUGGACACCCAGUCGCUGGCAGCGCUGAUGGCUGCUGCCGGACCAUCGCUUGGAGGACUGACAGGCAGUUCCGGAGCGGCGGGAUCCAGCAAGAACCAAGGCCAGUCUGGCGGCGGCUCCUCCAACUCGUCCUCAUCGUCGGCGAGCAAAAAGAAGCAGCAGCAGCAACAGGCGCAACAGCAGGCCCAGAACGAAGCAGCUCAACUGGCAGCGGCCCUGAGCGCCAGCAGCGGAGGAUCAGGUGGUGGCUCGUCGGGAGGCGCCGGAGGAAAGAACUCUGCGCCGUCGGCUUCUCAACUGGCGGCAGGAUUCCCCUUCCUGUUCCCGAAUCCAUCGCUCCUUUACCCACCCAUGGGACUGGGCGGCUUGAACCCGUACUCCCUGGGAUCCAGUGGCCUCGGCUCCGCCUACGACCAGCUGGCCCAGCAGUACAACCUGCUGAACGGAGCCACUUCCUCCGCCUCCAACACGAGUUCCACGCAAUCAAAAUCGCAUCAGUCGCAGUCCAAGUCCAGCCAGUCGAGGAACGCCUCGGCUGCUGCCAAUUCGGCGGCCAGCCUGAUGAACGCCAUGGCCAGCAUGGGUGGAGCCAGCACAGCGACCACCCAGUCCUCGUCCGCCUCAGGAUCGGGUCGUGGCAGGCAGUCGAGCGGCAGGAGCCAGCCCCAAGUUACGCCCACGGCGGCGGACAUGGCCCAGCUGAGCAGCUUGCUCAUGCCGGGAGCAGAUCCUCUUCUGCUGGAGUCCCUGAGCCGAAUGAGCAAUAUGGAUUUGGCGCAGGCCACCAGAUUGAUGAGCUCCUUGGGCAUGCCACCGCUGCCGGGAACUUCCAGCUCGGCGUCCGGUGGUGGCGGCGGUGGAAGCACCUCCUCCAGCAGUGCCAGCAAGCGAAGCAGCAGCCAGUCUGCCAACGACCAGGCCAAGGAACACCAGAAGUGGCUCGAGAGUUUGGCCCGGGGAGCCCUGCCAACCGAUCUUGCCGCUCUGCAGGCCUUCUCGCAGGGCAAAAUGCCGUCCACAUCGUCCUCGAAUACGGCCACCUCGUCGUCGUCCUCCAGCAAGAGCGCCAAGUCCUCGGCUGCGGCGGCGGCGGCAGCAGCAGCGGCAGCUCAACUGCCUCAGAUACCAGGCAUGACCAGUGAUUUCUCGCAGGCCUUCUUGGCCGAAAUGGCUGCCCAAGCGAUGGCGGCCGCUGGAGGAUCACUGCCACUAAGCGGACCCGGCUCCCUGGCCAGUCUGGCCGGCCUAACAGGCGGAUCGGCUGGAGGCUCGAGCGGUGGUGCCAGCGGCGGUGGAAGCUCCUCAGGGAACAGCAGUUCAUCGAAGCGCCAGCGCGAACAGGAUGCCUUCAAGCAACAGAUGGACUACUACACCAAGACCUUGGGACUGGGAUCGGGUAUAUCACUGAUUCCCACAUCGGCCGGCGGAUCCUCAUCCUCUUCGGUGGCAGCGGCCUAUGCUGCCGCCUUGGACGCUGAACACCAGCAACAACAACAGCAGAAAUCGAAGCGGUCGCGCAGCGAAAUCCAUCCAACAAAAGAGGAACUGGCGGCUGCCGCCCUGGCAGCAGGACUACCCCUGAACCUGGGAGCCAGCAUGAGCAGCAUCGAGAAGAGCUUGAGAGGCGGAAGCAGCUCCAGCAGCAGUUCCACGCCAGCACCCAUGUCCGCGGAACAGGAUAAGGUUACGCUAACGCCAUUGAAUGCCUCCGGAUCGGGAUCGGGUUCAGGAUCUGCAUCCGGAUCGGGAUCAUCAGCGGCUGCAGCCGGCUUGGCGGCCAAUCUGCCGAGUCAGACGACCAUCACCAUUGCUCCUCCGAUCAGCAGUGGUGCCAGCACGAGCAGCGAGCGAUCGGAGCGCUCCGAGUCGCGCAUAUCGCUAACCAUCACCAAUGCAGCGGACGCGGCGAAGCUGCCCCCACCGUACGAGGAGGCGGACGAGCUGAUCAUUCAGCCCAUUCUCAAGAAGCCGGCGGCAUCCGGAAAUCCGGGUAGCAGCCACGGCGGCAGCGUUGAGGACUUGGACACGGCCGGAAACACUUCGGCGGCCAAUCUGAGUGGCUCCUCCAGUUCCUCCGCUGCAGCGGCGGCGGCUGCGGCUGCUGCUGCCGCCGCCGAGGAGAACCGUCGCUCCUCCAACAGGCUAAAGCGUCCGAGAUCUGGCAACGAACAGGGUAGUGUUUCCGCUGAAGGCCAGCCACCAGAGAAGCGGCGAGAGCUGAGAUCCACGCGACAUACACGCUCCUCGGCGGACGCCAAUAGCCUGAAUCUCUCGGCAGGAAGCGAAUCCGGAGCGGAGGAGCGGAAUGAAUGAGUAUUGCGCAGAUCCGAGCGACAGCGCUAGCAGGAUGACGCGGCUCCUCCGAAAGGCCGGAAGUUAGGAUCUGGACCAGGAGGAGCCAAUACUAAACAGGCGCCGCAACAACAAAAAGAGCAACAUCAACAACAACAAAAAAAACAACAACAAGAAGAUGAACCCAAGCAGAAGCAAAGAAUCAAGAGAAGGAAGACGAUGAUGAGCAAACAGAUGCAGACGAGGUCGAGACGAAAAUUAAAUGCUAGGCUAACUGUUACCACUAGAUCCCUUAAGCUUAAAGUUGUGUAAAUUAUAAGAGCAUAUAUAAACUAUAUAUAGAGGUUAGGAGCGGACUCAGGGUAGGGUGGGAUGUGGCGAUUGGCGAUCUUGUGGAGUGUGAUGCCUUCGGCCACCAACAGACACUGCUGCAACCCGUCUGUUGGUCCAACGGCAGAAGCUCCUCUAAUUCCAAUCGAAUUACUUAUUUAAGCUCCAACUGCUGCACAACUGGAGCAUGAGUAGGUAUUCCAUAUUCCACCUUAAACUGACUGCUUAAAAAUAUUCAUACAGUUACGGAACAUGAUUAAAAAGCGCUUAUAAUUUAAUUGUAACGAGAGAAGCGAAUGCUGCUGCAUAAAGAUUAUCCGUUUAAAUUAUUGCAACCACACACACACACACACCCACACACACAUAAUUUAUAAGCGACUAUACACACAACACCACACAACAGGCACACAUAAUUAUAGUUGAGAUACAAAAAUAAGAGACACAGAUACUUGGGUUUCCUGCGCUGUCCUCACACACAUGCAAAAGUCUCUAUAUAUACGAUACCUGUACAUAAUUUAUGACCUAUGACCUAUGACCCCAUAUGAAAAUGGCUCUCGCAUUGCUUAAACAUUUUAAAUAUCGUAAGACACAACCGUGUAUUCUCAUGGCCGAAUCAUUCAAUCCACACACUCCACUUACAUUAAUCCCCCCAAACUCCCUCACUAUUUUGUAUUGUAUACUGUACUCUCUACUCUUUGUGUGUAAUUUUUCGAUUAUUUUAAUUUUGUAAUUAGUGAAAGGAAUGGAAAUAAGGACGAAGUGGAUCGGAUUCGGAUUUGGAGAAAUGGAUAGAAGAGAAGCUUCGUUCGUGUGUAGAUUUUAAUUUUUUGUAAUUGUAAUUUGUAUUCGUAUGUUUUUUUAAACAAAUCGCAUCUUUGUGUAACCCAACAAAAAACAUAAAACUAAAAAAAAAUUAUGAUUAAUGAGAAAAUGAAAGAAAAAUCAACAAAAUCAUCAUCCCCCCCUUAAGCAGACGAUCAGGCGCGCAACUAACGAAUGAAAAAAAAAAACAAAAAAACGUUUAUUGAAAAAUAGAAUUUUUUAAUUAAAUCAAUUUUAAUGUAAUUGAAUAACAAGGAGAAUGUGAAACUUGCACGUUUGAUGAUAAGGUAUAUGAUCGGUAAUUAGCGCAUAAUGCAUAAUUACUCGAAUGGGUAAAUAAAAAACCAAUUAUGGAUUUAUUUUGUUCGCUCUUUGUACGAAACCGAUGGAUUCUGAUGAAACGUAAACAAAAAUGAAUGAAACGCAAAAACGCAAACAACCAACAUAUAUUGCAUACUUAAAUUUUAAGUAAAAAUCGUAAUUAAAAUUAUAAUAUAACAGCAGAACAACAAAAAGCAACAACAACCAGAAGAAGCAACUACAGCAACAAGUAACAACCAAGCAUCAACUAUUGAUAUUGAUGAUAAAUAAACAUAAAAAAUAAAUUUCAAAAAUUAAAA